AUGCAUUCGCAUCAUUCACAUUCUGGAGAUUAUGUGGCCCAUGGUGUAGAUCCAUUGGAGGAUGUAACCUCUAAAGCCAUUGAAAAGAAAUUCCAUACAUACUGUCUAACAGAACAUAUGCCCAGAAUCAAUGCAAAGUUUCUAUACCCUGAAGAACAAGAAGGUUCAAUACAACAAGAUGCUGCCGUUCAAAGGCUCCAAGAAAAUUUCCUCAACUUUUUAAGACAUGCCAAGGCCAUUCAGGACCGGCCCAAUGCCAGUAACACCAAAUUUAUCGUAGGUACUGAAAUUGAAGGAUGUGAUGAAGAACAUAUUUCCUACGGUAAACAGCUAAUGGCACAACACAACGAUGUGGUCAAGUUUUGCGUGGGUUCAGUGCAUCACAUUCGUGAUAUACCCAUAGAUUUUGAUCAACAAUGUUGGAAUCAAGCUCUAAUGGCGUGUAAUAAUAACCUUCAAACGAUGCUUCUAUCUUAUUUCAAUCUGCAGUAUAAGAUGUUGACAGUGUUAAAGCCGCUAGUCGUAGGUCAUUUUGACAUUUACAAACUCUAUUUACCUCCAACUUUGAGAAUUAACCCCAAAACUGGUGAUGUGAGUGAUGAGUCUACCGCUGUACCGGUUUCCCAAGUACAACCGAUUCACUUUUGGGAUUCAGUUCACAAGGCUGUUGUUAGAAACCUACAAUUUAUCGAGUCUUAUGGAGGUCUCAUCGAAAUUAACACCUCAGCAUUACGCAAGAAGUUGGCUGAACCUUACCCCGGUAGAGAUAUUUGUGAGUUGGUCAAGACCUACUGUGGUGGUAGAUUUGUUCUAAGUGAUGAUGCACAUGCAGUGACACAAGUAGGUGUUUGUUAUGAACAAGCAUUGAAAUAUAUCACGGAAACUCUACAAUUGACUCAAAUGUAUUAUUUAGAAUUAAACGCGCAGGGUGAUCUUUCAAGCAAGACGCUCCCAAUUGAACAAUUUAAGUCUAAUGCAUUUUGGGGAAGUAACCACUUGUAA